UCCCAUCCUCGUCGGCCGCAUAUGCAUUUUCCACUCUUUAUCUCAUGGAAAACUACUUUAUAUAGCGUGCCUGCUGCAAUCUAGAUGCUGAGUUCAUUCAGUCUAUGGUCCAAACACAUUCCGAACGACAUCAGAGGAUACUGUUCGGAACAAGGCUUAACAAAGGUCACGUGACGAAUUUUUUAAAAUUUUUUAAACGUCUGCAUGCAUGUAUGUAUCCGACCCAUGAGAUGUGAGCAUGAUGUGCUGUAUCGGAAAACAAAUUCCACCAAACCUGUUGUGUGGCCAUUAAUAAAUUAUUCUGAUAUAGGAGGGCCGGAGUUAUGGAUUUAGAAUGUCGGCCAUGUUUUUCACCGCUUAACAGCCGAACACUAAACACGAAAAAAGGUAAGAAAACUUGAUUAAUACUCAUAAAAGCAACGCCAUGUAAAGGCCGAAUGUAAAACCGUGUGACAUAAUAAUAAACGAUCUAAUUGUCGUCUUGUUUGCACACAAUUUAACUUUUAUUUCAACUUUCAUGUUACGCUUUACGUUUUGCUAAGGGAGCUUCUGCCAGUAACGGUGUCGCUGUAGCUAUACCACCACUAUGUGGCGAUGAUGGGGAUGUUGGUGAUGUGACAGAUUCAGAAGACCAGUAGUAACUCAUUAAUUGGUUUAUUUGCCGUAUAAACUGUGUCGAUUUCUCAGGAAAAACCUUAAGAUAUGAAAAAAUCGUAUAAUAAUAAUAAUAAUAAUAAUAUUAAUCAUAACAGCACAUUUUAAACAUGCUUCACAACAAUAAUAAUGCAAAACAUGCCUUCAUAUAUACAUUAUGUAGCCUACCUACAUUAAUUAACCUGUUUCAUAUAUAAUGUUGGCAGACGACUAAGACAGGGAAACCAGACACUUUCUGGAAGAACAUAGGUAUAAAAAGAUAUACUGUGUAAAUACAUCUAGUAAGAUGUAUUUACUGCACAAUUCUGGAGAAAGCUGAAAACGGAAUCUUUGGAUUUUAUCUCUAAUUCACUGGUUGUUUUGAUUUUUGCUGGAUUUUAUGGCCCUAAUAUUCCGUCACAGGUUUCACAGGCGUGUUCAGGCUGACGUUUUCCGCGCAUGCGCCGCUUUUGCAAUCAGGAAGUGUCUUCACUGAAAGUCCUCGGGUGCCAUCUGAGCAGUGGUCUGUCGCAGUUUGACGCUCGUGUCCAGGUGAGAAAGGUCGUCCAGGUGUCUUCAGCAUGACCAUAGAAGCGUGGUACAUGGACAGCUCGGAUGAAGAUCCGAAGAAGCCCCACAGACUGGAGCCCAACCAGCCCGUGUCCCAGGACGAGUUAAAGAAGUUGGGGGUGUUUUCAUGGAAGGUAAAAAAUAAUAAACCGUUAGUUUUAUAUUUUCUCGUUUUAACAGCCACAUUAUUUCCUUUCAUUUAUCAUCUAAACUCUUUGCAGAACUUAAAACGAAGAUUGUCUCCUUGACUUUUCUGGUUUUCACAUACUUUGGCGUUAAUAAAGUGAACUUUAGCAUCUAACCGUGUCUCUACCAGGCUCAGGGGCUCAAAACAACAUAAACUGUCUGCAUGCUUGGAGGGAUUUGGAGGAUAUUGGUGGUUAUAUAAUCCUCAUUACUCAUUAAACAAAGUUAUAUUUACACUGCUUUAGUAUAAAAACUGCUUUAUUUUAUACUAAAGUAAAAUAUAACAGUGUAUGUCGACCCCAUAUUAGUAGGCUGGGUGUCCAUAAUGUACAUGUUAAAUUUGUCAAAAGUCAGUACUUUUGACAAACCUCUCUUGAAAUAAUCAUCUUGUUUCUGAUGGUCUUAUUUGCUUUGAAUAUAGUAAAAAUACAUAAAUUUAUUCUUUAGUCUAUUUCAUUGAAGGAAAAAAAAAACUCAAGUUCUUUACCAGGUCAGUUAACAAACUUGUGAGGAGGGCCAAUCAGCAGGUCUUAGUGGUUCUAUUAGCUCCUCCUGCAUGUUUCCUGUCACUAAUAGUUGAUUUUAAUUUUAUCCUGGCUCUUGUUACUGAGCACAAUGGUUCACCUUGCUCUUUUAUAUGUGCAAUACAUAUAAAUAUGAAGUGAAAAAUUCAAAAAUAUUUUACAGUUCUGCACCAGGUUUGGAAAUAAAACUUGGUACAGAAAUGUUAAAAAUGAGUGCACAUUUAUUUUGAAAUAGUCUUCUAUAAAAGGUGUGAAGGUUUAAUUUUUGUGUGUGUGUGUGUGUGUGUGUCAAAAAAAGUUACCAAAAUCAUUUUACCAGAAAGACGCACAGUUCUAUCAAAACACAUAUCACAACAUAGUAAAAGAAACUUUCCUUUUUUUUUUUUUAAGGUUUAUGAUUUUCUUUCUUAGUCAUCUUCUCAUGUGAAUAGACUUGUCAAAAAAUAUCCCUCUCAAAGUUGUUAUUUUAGUCAACAAUUCACCACAUGCUGCUAUUUUGAAGGGGUUUACCACAACGCUCAGCUCUUUGAACAGUCUCAACUUUAAUCCUGUAAAAAAUGACUGAAAAAAAUGUGAAUCUUUAAAAAAAAAAAAGAAAAUCUGACAAAAAUGUUCCUGAUCUUUAAAAUGACUUCCUUUUCAAAUUUGACCCUAGUACUCCUCAAAGAACAGAGUUAGACCUAAUUAAUAAUAAUACGUCAUAGUUCAUACUUCACUGAGUUUGUAGAUUGUAUUGAAUAGACAGAAUCAUCUUUUAAAUGUCUUGUUUUAAUCCACCAGUUAAUUGUCUGUUACACUCGUUAUUUGCAGCAGAUCACUUGUUUGUACCAUUGCUUUCAGAGUUUGUGAAAAUAUAUGACAAACUGAAGUACGUCAUCCUCACCUUUCACGAUCUUGCAGUAAAUUCCCCUCAGUCCUUUAGUUUAAUUUCAACCAUGUUUUUGUGCCGUAUGUGCUCAACAUUGGAUAAGAGACUGAAAAAAGGGCUCCUGUUCACUGUGAGUGCUGAGGUGGUACACGAUUUAGCUUUCUUCUGCAGUCAUUGUCUGAUCUGAUUUAUUUGUCCUGCUAUUGUAGCUGAACGCCAACAUCUAUGAGAACGACCCCGAGCUGGAGAAGAUCCGCAAAGAGCAGGGCUACUCCUACAUGGACAUCAUCACUAUUCACAGGGAUACACUGCCUGCUUAUGAGGAAAAGGUAACCUCGAGCACCAUUCAACAAAAUACUGACAUCUUAGACUUUUAUUUCACUCUGAAAUAAUUUUGGAAAGAGUCUCACACACUCUAAAAAAUGAACAUUUUACUGGCCUAAAAACAACUUCAUAAAAAGGGGAUUCGAAUGUUUGAAUCUUUAUGCACCAGCGUAUAAGAAAACAGUCCUGCUUAUCUCUUUGUGUCCAUCAGCUGAAGGUCUUAUACUCUGAGCACCUCCACCUGGACGAUGAGAUCCGCUACAUCCUGGACGGCCAUGCUUACUUUGACGUCAGAGACAAGCAGGACCGAUGGAUCCGCAUCUUCUUGACCAAGGGAGAACUGAUCACCCUCCCCGCUGGCAUCUAUCACCGCUACACCCCUGAUGAGACUGUACGUAGCUAUAAUGGGUUCAUACAGAGGUUUGGAGGAAUUCUUGAUUUUGAUUUUUUGGAUGUAGUUUACUUCCUGCUAACUUUAAAGCUUUAAGUAUUUGAGGUGACAAAGUAAUGCUUUGUCUGUUGGAUAACCAUAAGCAGCUGAGUGAGUGUGAAAAUCACUUGAAGAAGCUGUCAGCUGAGUUAAAAAGUAAAUGAUGCCUGAGGAGUGAAGAAAAGAACAAUAUUUGGAAGAGACUCAACAAAUAUGGAGAGGGAAUGCUGAGUGGGGGUAUUUUACUUCAGAUAAACAGAAAUGUAAAAAUGGAUUUUAAACAAAAAUUAUCACUAUAAUACUCAUAAAUGUUCUUAAAGGGAAGCAGAGUUCAGACUUUAAAGUUUCACUAACUCUGCAUCCUCACUGAGUUGCAUUAGAGUCAAGUGUCAGGACUGUUUGCAGGGCCAUAACUACAGUGGCAAUGCAAUAUAAAUACCUCAUUAAAAACAAAAAUGUGACGAAACACAAAAAUAGCCCACAUGAACACAAAUUAUUCCUGUUUUUUGGGGGGUUACUUCUGUUAACAGGAAAUGAGGUAUGGCUGUUGCUAGGAUACGGAAAAAACCUUUGACUUUGUCCAAUCACAAUCAAGUUGAGAGGUCCUUCCUUUCCAAUUUACAAAGAUGUUCCCUGAAACAAAUUAUGUUUAAGAGUGUAUUAAAGAAGUAUUUUUCCAUUUACUAAAAUAAUCUUUAUUCUUUAAAAUUGAACAGUCUCUCUUAAAUAUUUGAGUGUUUUUUUAAUAAUUAACAAGUGAUUUCUAAAACAUAUAUUUUGUAGGUGUAUAUAUCUUUUUUUUAAUGUUUUUUAAAUUAAAUAUUUAUUUAUUGCCUUCCAGAAAUGUUUGUGACCUUGACCUCCAGGGCCACAGUUUGUUUGUUUUUGCAUCUCAGAAAAGUUUACUUUGACAUCUUGACAAACUUCACUGUUUUCCUCCAGGUGUUGACUCUAAUCUACAUUUCAAAUUAGCUUCCUUUCUUGUCUUUUUCUUUGUUGCUUAACUCUGUCAUCAACAUGAGACAUAAGGUUUGGAACAGAUGUGGAGUUUCAUUUGACUGCACAUAGACAAGGUGGAUGUUACUGACAUGGGUCUGAAAAACAGAAACUCAUAUUGUGAUUAUUUAAGUCAUGGAAUGUGUCUCAGGUGGGGUCUGUUUGUGCCAAAUCCUGAGGAAAACCUGUUAAAAAUAUAACACUUAAUGAAGCGGUGGCUUUCCCUUUUUGGCGACUGAUACCUAAAAACUGAUCACAGUCCAAAGAGGUUUUAAUCAUAUAAAAUGUCAAUGUGGUCGCAGUGUGGUCACCCAUCAGUUUCUGGUACGAAGCCCAAAGAUGGUGGUCACCAUAAUAAAAUGCUCUUGGAAACUAACUCUCAGCUGCUUUACCCUGGGACAGACUUAAGGCAAUUUAAAGCCAGGACCAACUCCAACCUCAAUUUCAGCCUGACUGUGCAUUGUUUACUGUGUAGUGUACUGGAUGGUAAGAAGACCAAUCAGCUGCUCCUGAGCUGCAAACGAAUCUGGCAUGUUAAAAAAUUUGGCCUCUUUGGCCUCAGUGAAAGCAGGAACACAAGCUGAUCCAAGCUGAAACAAAUGCAUCUAAAAUUAGGCAUGUCCCCAUCCGAUACUGAUGUCUGUCCGAUAUCAGCUAAAAAACAAAUAUGGGAUUACAUCAGCCUGCAUUGAAAAUUUCAGAUAUUAGCACACUAACAAGCAGUCCAUUCCAGACUCCGCUCCAGCACCUUCAUAGCAGCACCCGGAUGCAGCAUGCAGAGCCCACAUGACAGUGUGUACUAAGGCACUAACAAAAUAGCAAGGAGUAAGAGUGAUGUUGGCUGUGUGGCUGUAUUUUUGUUAAAGUCAGAAAAAGACAUUGCAGCUGAGUGCAAACUUGUCAUGCACAAGUUUGUGUUAAUAUCGGAUCAAUAUUAGUAUCGGUCAUUACUGAAGGCUACAAUAUCUGUAUCAUGUCAGAAGUUAAAAAGUUCUACUGGGCCACCCCUAUCUAAAAUAAACUGUGAAAUGGUUAUAUAUAUAUAUAUAUAUAUAUAUGUAUACAGUAUAUAUAUAUAAUUUUUUUUACUUGAAUUGUUCAUAUUGUAUGAACAGAAUUGUUCAUAUUGUAUGAGUCAGAAAAAGACAUUGCAGCUGAGUGCAAACUUGUCAUGCACAAGUUUGUGUUAAUAUCGGAUCAAUAUUAGUAUCGGUCAUUACUGAAGGCUACAAUAUCUGUAUCAUGUCAGAAGUUAAAAAGUUCUACUGGGCCACCCCUAUCUAAAAUAAACUGUGAAAUGGUUAUAUAUAUAUAUAUAUAUAUAUAUAUAUAUAUAUACAGUAUAUAUAUAUAAUUUUUUUUACUUGAAUUGUUCAUAUUGUAUGAACUGCAUGUAAAAGUGACCGUUUCGAUUCAUGAGCGAUUAAGUUUUGAUGAUUGUUGUUUUUAUCUCAUGAAAGUUUAAAAUACAUAAUCCAGAAAUAUCUGAAAUAUUUUCUUGCAUCAGUCAAAAGGAAAGGAUUUUAAAUAAAAAAAAAAAGCCAUCUUUUGAAAACUAUAAAAUCUGUUUUGUGUAAUAAUUUACUUUCUGAAGCAGCUGAGUGAAAUUGUGGGACUUGCAUGUGAUAUUUUUGCAAUAAUCCAAUUGGACAGCUGCAUUCUGACUCCUACUUAUAUUAAGCUUCAACUUUUUCAGGUUUUGUCAUCAUGUCAGAUGAAUGUAAUUGCAUGCUUGACAGUCUGACUGUACACUGCAUGAUAUACUCUAAGUUUAUCGCAGGUUUCCUCUUCUUUGUGAACUAAAUCUUUCUUUUGUGUCUGUUUUUUCUGUUAAAGGAGUACACUAAAGCCAUGAGGCUGUUUGUCGGGGAACCGGUGUGGAAAGCUUACAACCGACCUGCUGAUGAGUUUGAAGUUCGCCACAAGUAUGUGGCCUCUCUGCAGGGAUCCUGAGACCAACCACAGAGCAGAUUCAGAACGAGCACCCAGGACACUAAAAAGAUAUGAUUCUGAAAAAUAGGUUCAUAUAAUGUAGGUUUAAGAAAAACAAAGAUUCUAAAGAUCUGUAGCUAAGCAGCAUUGUGAUCUGCUGGAAUAAUUAUUAAUGAAUGAAAUGACUGCGCUCACAUGGAGAUGAUUUUUGAUGAUCCGUUUCAUCCUCAUUGACUCUUAAAAUUAUGCAAUUAGAAGACAAUUAUUACCUGCUAGAUUUUGUGUUGCCUCACAAUCUCAACUGCAAAUAGAGUUUGCUUCAAAUUGAACUAAAUAAAAAUGUUGCUAGAACAUUUUUAAAGGUGGUUUCUGCACAAGUGUGUUUUUUGUUCCGUGAAUCAUUUGCACCUUAACUUGAUGUAGCCACAUGUGGUUUGUUAGAUUUAGACCCACCUAGUGGUGAAAAGUCCAAAAUGCAGCCAAUUGUCAUCCUGAGGUAGCUGCAAAAUCUGCACAAGUGAGGCUCUCUAGCCAGUGUUUUCUUUGAUCCUUACAGGCCACUGUAGUAUUAUGGCAGUGACAAUGUGAAACUCUUUGGAAAUAAUGCUUCCUUUGGAAAAAUAAAGAGUUACUUUUUAAGCAACAAAUAUUCAGUUAUUUAUUUUUUAAGUAAUUACAUACUCACUAAAACACACUGAUAAAUAUCAGUGUGAACUUCUGUCAAACAUCCCUGAAUUUUUGACACUGAAACUUUCAGUUUAAUGCAAAAUUUGAACUCAUGAAGUCUUUCCUUGUUUAAAGUUUCCACUGAAUUAUCCACAGCAGGUCAGUCAGUAGUGCCUUAUUCUCAGCAUUAGGUGUGAUCCGGUAUCAGAUGUGCAUUUUCAUAUUUCUUGGAAUACAGUCAAUAUUUUUUCUGCUCUGGAAAAUAAAGCUGCUGCUAUAAUGUUCA